ACUCAUUUCAGGACACACAAGUCUUUAGACCGUUGCCAGUUGGAGGAUGUACAAAUUUAGCUUUUUAUUGGCCACAGUGCUGCUGAGCUGCGCAGAGUUGGGCACAGCGCAGGUGAAGCCAAGUGCAGAGAUCGGUCGGGUCACGGUCCAAGUACCGUUGCUGUCCAAUGGAAAGCCCGUUAUGUCCAAUGCCAAUGAUCAAGUGGAGGUGGCUGAUGUGCAAGAGAUAAAGCCGGACAAAGUUGUCCCGCCGCUGGCCCAGGUACCACCGAAAGUACAAGAGUCUUCGUUAUCAAAGGUGCGUCGGAUGCGAGCUAUAGCUAUGAGUCCCGUCUUGCCCAAUCAUGGAAUUCGCAAUCCGGUAGCUUUAAAGUCGCGUAAGGCCAGAUCUGCUUGGUCUACGGCUAAGCCUCAUUCUGGGCGUCCCAAGCCGUGGUAUGCUUCAGCUUUGUACCCCAAAUCAUGGUCCUGGCGCCCCAAAUCUUGGUAUGCUCCUGCCUGGUGGCACCCUCGACCAAUGCUCCCCAAGCUGCGUAAAAUGCGAUCAGUUGUAACCACAAUGACUACCAAUGUGCCGCCAGCAAGCUCGACCGUUCACUCGGUGCGUCCUAAAUCCGCGAAGAACUGUUAUAAUAUGCUAGUAACUGGCAUGCUGGCCACCACGAUUAUGCCCAUGCCACCAACACCCGUCGAGAAUUGUGAUGAGCUCUGCACCAAGUUCGAGCUGAAUCCCAUAUGCGCCUACAACGGUAUCUGCAUACAUGAGUUUCCGAACCAGUGCGUUAUGGACACAUUCAACUGCAAACAUCGCGAUCUGUCCUUCCGUGCCGUAGAUGAGGACGUCUGUAAUAUGUCCCUGUGCGCUCGUCGCUGCACAGAAGAGGAUCUCAAGGUGUAAAAUUUUGGGCAUGUUUUAUUUUGAAAUUUUUAAGCCAUACAUAUAACUGAUUAUGAAUGUAGAACAUUUUCUACUCUAUGCGUCCUUUAAAUGAUAAUAAAUUGCACAAUUAUUCGUGAAAAGAGA